GGAUGGAAUCAGAGAUUGAAGGAUUUUUCUUUUUCCUUUUUAUAAAAAGAAACAGUUUCUGAGGGAGUAACGUUUCGAUUUUCAUUACCAUCUUCGUCUUUGCAAACGAAAACAAAGAACCCUAAACAGACACAUAGAAAGAGAUAGAGAUGUCAGGUGGGACCCCUAUUUCUCAAGAUUGGGAACCCGUCGUCCUCCGCAAGAAAGCUCCCACCGCCGCUGCCAAAAAGGACGAGAAAGCCGUCAACGCCGCGCGCCGAGCUGGCGCCGAUAUCGAAACCGUUAAGAAAUAUAAUGCUGGGACAAACAAAGCAGCCUCUAGCAGCACCUCAUUGAACACUAAGAGGUUGGAUGAUGACACAGAGAAUCUAGCUCAUGAUCGUGUACCAACUGAACUCAAGAAGGCUAUAAUGCAAGCUAGGAUGGACAAGAAGCUUACUCAGGCUCAGCUAGCUCAAAUUAUCAAUGAGAAGCCUCAAGUGAUUCAGGAGUAUGAAUCAGGGAAGGCCAUUCCAAACCAGCAGAUAAUUGGCAAGUUGGAGAGAGCCCUUGGAGCUAAACUGCGUGGCAAGAAAUAAGGAACCUAAUGUCAUGGCUGUGUAUGCUGUUUGGUUUGCAUGUCACUGUUGGAGUGAUUGUGUUUGCACGCUAACUGUGUAUAUGUAAGACAGAUAAAUGGUUGUGAGGACUUGUGGCUUUCACCUGUUGGAAUAAAUAAAGUUGCAUUUUCAGC